CUUGUGCGCACGCGCAGUGCGGCGCUCGUGUGUUUGUCAGCUCAAAGCCGAGCGAACAGCUAGCCGCCAUUUUAUCAGCGUCUCUCCCCAAAAGCCGAGAAAAAAACGAGCGUUCAGCGGCCGCCCGGAGCUCUUCUGGCUCGUCUCAAAGCGAGAAUCUGGCCCAGGCUCGGCCGGAGAGGCUCUUCACUUGACCGCCUCGCGGCCCGGGAGGACUCGUUCGACGGCCUUGUGCUGAAAUCGGUAAAGAAGGAAGGCGAGCGAGGUUGAGAGUUUGCGAGCGAGCAAGGUGGAGAUCGUUGAUUCGUCCAUUGCCUCGGUCCGGAACGAAGCCGAGUGGCCCCCGUCGGGCGGGCCCCCGGUUACGUUUUGGGGCCAAAUUGAUGGCCUAGAGGUCGAUUCCAGCAGCCUUUUUCCCCCCUUGCCCUUGUUCCCCCCUUCCUCCCCUCCCCACCCACCCUCCGAGCGGAGUGCAGGCAAUUGUUGGGCGAAUUCCCUCGGAUAGUGCGAGCUCGUCACGUGGCUGUCCUCCGGGGGGGCAGUAAGCGGGGGGUGUGGAGCAGGCCGCCGUGCCCGUCCCUCUGCACUGCAUGGCUGCGAUGGCGCCCGCUCUCACCGACGCCCCAGCCGAAGCUCACCACAUCCGCUUCAAACUGGCCGCGCCGUCAUCGAGUUUGUCACCGGCCAGCGCCGACAACCACGCCAACGCCAGCAACAUCCUCAUCCACGCCGGCGGCCCCCCCAAGUGUAAGGUGGCCCCCGAAGACGCGUGUCCCCUCGACGAUCAGCAGCAAAAGCCGCCGCCCCAAGGGGACUCCCUGAGUAAACUCCAGCCCCUGGUGGCAUCCUACCUUUGCUCUGAUGUGACCCCCGUGCCCUCAACCAAAGAGUCCAUCACGCUGCAAGGGGUCCUCAUCAAACAGUCGGUCUUGAAAAGUCACAGAAUCCUGCCCGGCUCGCUGCUCAACGGCGGAGACUUCCUGUUGAGGAAGCGGCACACCAUUGAACUUUCCGGAGGCCAGCUCAAAAGCCUGAUGAGCGGCAGCGCCAACGGCGGGGGCCAGCCCGUGGCGCCCGUCAACGGCCUGGCCAAGAAACUGGCCGCCGUGUCCGGUUCCGGCUGCGUGAUGGCGGCCGUCAACGGGGAUAACCCUCCGGUCCCCGCGCAGUCGCACACGUUGGACGCCGACGGCCGGCCGGCUCACCUUGCCGUCAAAGGAACCCUUAACCGCAAGCGUUCUCCGGGAAUUUGUCCAAACGCGCAACCGUCGGCGCCGUCGCCCUUUUCCAAUGACAACCACAGCCCCAGCCAAGAAGUGGAUUCGGAGCGCGGCGGCCCAAGUCCCGAGCCGUCGGACCGGGAGAGGCCGGGCUGCAGCCGGCGCGGCUCCCCGUCCCGCGCUUCCCCUUCGGACACGCCGGACGUUCAAGUGGGGGAGCGCGCGCGCCUCAACGGCACCCGGCAGGCGGAAAUCGAAGGCCGCCUGCGACGGCUGCGGAAGCGCCUGCAGGUGGUCCAGGCCAAGCAGGUGGAGCGCCACGUUCAGCAGCAGCUGGGCAGCUUCUUGGACUCCGCCGUCAGUCGCCUGCUGGCCGGCGGCCGCAAGGACCACGCCGCCGCCUCGGCCUCCGGCUCGGCGCCGUGGAGGACGGGACGCCACUCGGCGGCGAGCAACAGAGACAGCCUGGCCCGCUUCCUGAAGAGCGGCUCGGUGCCGCUGGAACUGGAGCGGUUGUACCUGAGCGGUUCGGCCAACCUGCGCUCGGUGGAGAAAGCCUUCGACUCGGACGUGACGGAGAGCAGUUCCGGCGGCGACUCGGACUUGGAGGAGGAGGAGCUCACCAGGGUGGACGUGGAGCAGCGCCAUGUCAAAAUAUGGAAGCGCGCCGAGAGUCGCUACACGCUGGAGAGGGCGGCCAUCAUCAGUCACUGGAACUGGCUGCAGGCUCACAUCUCCGACUUGGAGUACCGCAUCCGACAGCAGACGGACAUCUUCAGGCAGAUCCGCGCCAGCAAGGGCACUGUGGAGCUGGGAGGUGUCGGGCCUCAAGAAGCCAAGAUGGAGCCUGCCAACUCUCAGGAAUCGUCUUCAGAGUGUGCGGAACACGUCGUCACCGCAGAACCUUGGAACGCUCAAAACGGGCAGCCGGUCAACGGCGUCCUCAGCAGGGUGGGCGAAAGCGUGGACGGCAAGCACCAGCAGACGACAGACGGCACGUGCGUGGCGGCGCGUACGCGACCUCUGAUUGGCUGGAGGCGGCGGAGGCUCAUCCAGCCCAACACGGUGGCCAACCUGACGGGAAAGGCGUCUCGGAGCGGCUGCGCGUGCCGAGUCAACCCCAGCUGCGUGAUGUGCGGCGGCCGGCCCGUCCCCCGAGAGGACCCCCAGUUCCACUUGCCCGUCCUGGAGCGCCUGUCCAGACUGGAUCUCGGUGUCCACCCCAUCCUGUCCUUCCCAGACGAUGUGGGCGUGGGCCUUCGCGUGCAGCAGGCCAUGAAGAGCUGCUGGAGCGGCCGGUUGCUGGAGAGGAGCAAGCCCGUCAAGAAGUUCUCGCUCAAACACAAGCUGUCGUCAUCCAAAGAGAAGCACAAGUUCGCCAGCUCGCUCAUGGCAGUCAGGCUGAGCCAUUACAAGAGUCGAGCCGACAAAUCGAGGACGCCGGAGGCCGCCGCCUGCAAGACGGAGCGACUGCACAGUGCGUCGGCGCCUCCCGGACCCUACGACAAAAACUACAGCCGGAAGAGAUUACGAGAGCCCUCGUUGGACAGGAGCGACUCGUCUCCGAAAUUCUUCCUGGAGUCGGGCGGCGGCGCGGCCCCUUGCCCGGCGCUGGCCGGCGUCCACAGCCCCGUCGCACGACAGCUGUCCACAUGCUCGGACAACGCCGCGCCGCUGGGCGCCGCCGGCACACCUCUGCAGCCCAUCAAGAGGAGGCGCGGCGAAAGCUCCUUCGACAUCAACAACAUCGUGAUUCCCAUGUCAGUGGCCGCCACCACGCGAGUGGAGAAGCUGCAGUAUAAAGAGAUCCUCACGCCCAGCUGGCGAGCCGUGGAUGUCCUGUCGCAGCCGACGGUGCCGGAAGAGAAUGAGCGCGAGGUGGAGGACUUGUCGGACGCGGCCUUUGUUCAGCUGCACCAGCCGUAUGAGGACCAGGAGCGUUCCCGCUGGACUUGGAUGGCGUUGGCGCCGGCCAAGCGGAGGGGCAGCAGGUCGUACAAGUCGGUGGACGGGCGCACCACGCCGCUGUUGGGCGGCACCAACCCCCCGACCCCUCAGCCGGCGUCCCCCGAGCCCAGCCACUACCCCGCGCUACACGACUACGGCUACAUGCCCUCGCCCCUCAGCCCCCCCAGCCCCGACACGCCCUGCUCGCGCGACUCGCACCGCCUCAUGUCCAGCGAGGAUACCCGAUGUUCCACGCCCGACUUCGCCUUUGAGGAGAGGACGGUGGCGCCAUGGGAGCGGCGCAAUUUCCCACUGGCCGAAGACCCGGCGCCGGAGCCCGAGGCGGACGGCGAGCGCGCCAGGCCCAGAAUGCGAAGCCUGUCGGGAUGCCGCGCCUUCGGCCGGCCCGACUCGGACGAUGGCGAGCCGUCUUGUUGCCACGACGACGACGAAGAUGACGACGACGACGCUGCGCCCGCCGCCGGGCCCAGGCGACUGUGAGCGGACUUGUGCGCUUCCUGUUGUUUGAUAUUCAAACAUCAGUCUAAUCCUUUCACAGUUUUUAGUGAAUCCGACGCAGAUAGACGCGACAUGUUACAAGUCUGAUUUGUGUAGUAGGCGAAACAUGUACAUGGACUUGGGGGAGUGGGGGGGCUUAGCGUUGUUUUGAUACGUGGCGUGUACACUUGUAGCGCACGAUGUAGCGACUCCUCCACUAUGGCCAAAGGGUGUUUUUCUAUCCUUUAGUUUGUUUGUAAUUCCCAUGUACAUUGUAGUGGAGUGACUCACGAGAAAAGAUGGGGAAAAGUCUGCCCCUCCCCCAUCAAAAUAAACAGGUACAUUUAGGAUGCAGCCCCUCCACCCUCAGAGCAGAGCACUUGUUGACUUUGGUUGCUUUCGUUUUCCAUUCCCGACAUGUUCGUAUGUCGCGUGUUCCAGCGUAACGUUGUCUUUGACUUGUGAACCAUUCCUACUGUAGGCCCCCAGCCACCACCACCCCCCCCCCUUCCCUCCCCCCUCUCCGGGGGGGCCGCACUUGUCCUAGGAGGCGCUACUAACACUUGUGUAGCGGGGCUCAGAUUAUUCAGGCUCUCGCUGUUCCAUCUCACGUGGGUUCCUCCCGUCUGUCAACUCUUGACUAUGCAAAACGAAAAGUCAAAAAAAAAAAAAUUCAUAGUUUGCUUUUGCCUCAGCCAAUCACUGUUCUUCUCUCUUCAGUAGUGACGUCACAUGUUGAUGUACCUGUUUGAUUGUUGCAGCAGUUAUCACUAUUGUUUGCUUUUUGUAAAUAGUUCCAUUAAAACAUUUAUGUUUAACUUG